AUGUCGAGUGCAAAUAACCAUCCGGGGCUGUCGUUUGGUCUGAGACGGUCGUUCCCGCCGCCGCAACAGCACAACCCGACCAACAAGCCAUCCCCGUCCCUCUCGCAACAUGCAUCUCCGUACCCACCGCACGCCUACCAGCAUCAACACCAGCAACACCCGACCAGCCAAUAUCCUCACCAUCUCUUCACGCCUCCCCCGUCCCAAAUUCCCAACGUCGCCAGUCUCCAGAAUGCCUCCCGACCACCGCCGCCCCAGGCUCCUCCACAGCUUCCCGGGCCGCGGCAGCGGGCUCCCCCACCUCGGCAGAUGCAACAACCAUCUUCGAUCAGCUACCUCCACCAGUCCCUGAACUCUCAACCCAUGGGACAGCAGUCCAUGCCGCCGCAGUCUAUGCCACAGCAGUCCCUGCCUCAGCAGUCAUUGGCGCCUCAGUCGAUGACGCCACAGAACCUGAACCCACAACCGAUGAAUCCACAGCAGCUAAGCCAGCCUUCUAUGGGACAGCAAUCUUUGGGCCAGCAGUCUCUGGGACAGUCAUCUUUGGGACAACAAUCCCUGGGGCAGCAGUCUCUGGGACAACAGCUUCAGCAGCCUCUGAGCCAGCCUCCCAUGGCCCCGUCCAUGACCCAGUCCAUGAGCCAGCAGUCUAUGGGCCAGCAGUCUAUGGCUCAGCAGUCCAUGUCACAGCAGUCCAUCAGCCACUCGGUCCACUCAGUUCAACAUAAUGACGGGUCGAUCCUUUCACAGCAAUCAACGCCUCGUCCCUCGUCGCAGCCUACGCUCCCUCCGGCACAACAGCCAAUGUCACAGGUCCAGCAGGUUCAACAGGUGCAGCAGGUUCAGCAAGUGCAACAAGUUCAGAAAUUGCCACAGGCGCAGCAAGUGCAGCAGGUUCAGUCAGUCUCCCAAGUGCAGCCGGUUCAACAACAGCCGGCUGCUCGCCACAGCGACUCGGCCGAGCCCGUGCAGGAGAACCAUCAGGAAGAGGACGCGGAAGGUGCGAGCCAUGACGAGUCUGCCGAAACGGAGACGGCCCUGGAGCCUAAGUUGAUCGAAAGCUCGCCAUUUGUUCCCCGCCAACCAAUGGGCGGCGUGGGGGUCAGCCAAACUCUGGAGAUUCUGCAGCAGGAGAAUCCUCAUGUGCCUCUCCUUCCUCGUGACAUCUACAAUGCAAGAGCUGCCAUCAACCGCAAUCCUCAGAAGGUCGCCUCGGGGUUGGCGGAGAACCGUCCAGCCAUCUAUAGCAAGCCCCACCCGACAGCCGAGGAGCGCAUCCGAGCCGACCUUCGCCGGGAACUUGCAAACACGCGAGAAGAGCUCGAGAAGGUGAAGAAGGACAGCGAGAAAGAGAUUGAGGAACUCAAGGCGAAGCUCCGGGAGAAGGAUAAAAUGAUUGAAAAGUUUGAGCAGUUUAUCGACAUAUGCAACCAGCGGGUCAUAGUCAGCCUGUCAAACAAGGAAGACAACCGUACGGGAGGCUCUACAGCCUCUUGAGGAGGCGGGGAUUGGAUCCCUGGUAUCGGCGCGGUGGCCUUGGGAAUGCGAUGGUCAGAGAUCGCUAAGUGGUAAUGGGCGUGGUUAUGGCCGCGAGGCUGGGUCUCUUUCUUUUCCAUUGUUUUCCCUCUCUGAGAGAAGCAUGGGCGUUUGGCGGUUUGGUGAAUCAAGGGGCAUAGGGAGCGUUUUGAGGAUGAAACUUAUGAGUGAUUCUGCAUGAGCUUAGCAUCAAGUGGUCGUAUACGCACUAUGGAAUACUUUGUCUACCUCG